UCUGUGAGGUCAGUUAUCCCUGCCUGGGUCUGUCCUCUUUCCGCCCCGUCCCUUUUAAUCAUUUCUUUUCCCUUCUUUUCAUUCGCUUUGCCUCUCUUCUUCCUUCUGGUGCUGAAAAAUUUCUUGUAACAAAGCCAAACAGCCAAAAUGUUACUCAACCCAAUAGUGUUGUCUGCGCUGCUUAACGCUGUCAAUGCGUUCCCUCUGUACAAGAGAGACUCCAACAGCUCUGUCGCUGCAGCAAACUCCACCGCGGAGGACAAGUACCUCUCCUUCAACUUUAUUCACCAGGACUUGAGUGGCGCCUACUUGCCCACCAUCCAGGUCGCAAUUGGCUCUAGCAACCAGACCUUGCUACUUAAACUAGAUACCACCACCUCUGACUUCUGGGUCAACGCAAACACCAACGAGUUCUGUCUCGCAUACUAUCCUAUCGAAGACUACUUGAACGAGACCAAUCCAAACGAUGACUGGAACGACUUCAACUCCGAGUUGGAAGCCGAGUUUGAAGACGCCUUCAGCGACUUCGAGGGUGCAGAAAAUUCUCAGUUCUCCACCGUGGAAACGGCCUCGGCCAACAUCGAAAGCUACUUGAGUGAAAGACAAUCCGCCGUCCAAUCCUUCUUGUCCCAACAGAAGGCAUCAGUCUCCCAACAAAUCGAGACUUACCUCACCACCGCCACUGCUACCGGGGAUGAUGCAUGGAGUACUUUCGAGGCUGGAUUACCUUCUCAAGUCAACGAAAUUGGUGCAACCAUUACCUCUCAAACCGCCGCCCAGGCUUUGCCAUUUUCGGGUAAUCCAAGCUUGGUCACUUCAUACAGCCAGUAUUCCACCGCUUCCUUCACUUACGUUCAGGUAACUGGUGGUUACGAUGAAAACGGCCCAUUUGAUGGCAGUAGCGACUAUCCGGUCGCUUCCACCUUAGCCAGCUGGGAAUUACUCCAGAAAAGAGAAGACGGCUGGGAAAAGUUCACCUCCGGUGCCGAUAAAUUUUUUGACGAUUUGAAGAAGAGAGACGAGAAAACUACCACCACUAAGCAUCAUAAAUCCAGCGCUUCCCAUAAGUCUAAGGCUUCCUCUGAUGUUUCCCAAGCUUCAAAGACUACUGGAGUUGCUUCCUUUGCCUCCAAAGCCUCACGUGUUUCUCAUCACGCUUCAUCGUACACCUCUACACAUGCUUCAUCCUAUGUUUAUGCUCCAUCCCCGGUUCUUCUCUCGGCUUACGCCAGCGCUUCUGCGCUUGCGACUCCUUCCGUUGACUACGAAACUCUAGAGUAUAUUCAUGAACUUUACAAUGAUUGUGGCUUAUACGGUGUUUUCAACGAAUCUGCCUCCACUUCCUUCCAAUCUAGUGAUAAGCUUUUUGUUUCCUCGGAUGAAAGCUCAUAUGGUAUUUUAGGGAGCGAUUCUGUCUCGAUUAACAAUUACUCUGUCAACACCACUUUUGGUGUUUCCGAACUUUCCGACUCAAAUGUUGGUGUCUUUGGUCUUGGUAAGACAACUGAAAACUCCACCUUUGUUUCUUUUACCGAUGUUCUAGCUCAAAGUGGAUACAUAUUGAAAUCACUAUACUCUUUCACUAUCGGCUUACCUUCUGAAAUUACAUUUGGUGCCAUCAACUACAGCUACCUCACAUAUUCUAACUUGACCUUGUUCCCAUUGUUGAAUGACACUGAGUCAAUUGGUUUAACACUUUCAGGUAUUUCUCUCCUUGCUUAUGAUGAAGAUUCUUCGAACAAUACAAUUCCAGUCGUACAAGGUAAGGCCCAAGCUUUCAUUGACACUACCUCCCAAAACACUUAUUUCCCCCAAGAAGUAUUAGAUACCCUUGCUACUUCAUUAAACUCGACUCUCAACGUUACUUAUGUUGACUCAAUCGAAAGCUACGUUAUAUAUGACAAUUCUAGUUAUAGCAGUUUGUGGGACUAUGAAAUUGUCUUCGACUUCCAAGGUGCUGAAUAUUCUCUUCCUCUUGCUGAGUUCGCUGUUACACUUAACGGCACUGGACCUUCGAACGAUACCGACUCUUCCGACAGUUUUGAGUUUUAUUCUGAAACUGAUGUCUAUAUUCUUUCAAUCUUGCCAAGUGAUGAUGACUCAAUUGUUUUGGGCUUAGAUUUCUUGACGGACAACUUCCUUGUUGUCGUUGACCUUGAAGCAAACGAAAUUGGAUUAGCUUACUCCAUAUUAGGGGAAGAGGAUGAGUUCAUAGUUAUUGAAGAUGACAUCCCUGGUGCCAUUGUUGCACCAUAUUACGAUGACUUCUACGGUUCGGACAACGUUUCUAAACUUUCUGUUUGAAUGGCAUAAAAAGAUACCAUAUAUACAUUCCCCUUCAUCUUUUUUCAUUGUUUUGUUAUUCUUACGUUUAAUUAACCUUUUAUACCUUUGUUACUACUAUUAUUAAUAUUUCAACCUUUUUUGUACGUAUUUUAGUUUGAGAAUAUAUCAAAUCGGUAUGGUUCUUGAACUAUACGGAGGUAUGUUGUAAUCUGUUUAUUCUUGA